ACGUUUAAAUCCAAAGCAUUAAGCAACACGUUUUCGACUUGUCCCCUAGAAUUCGACCAAAAAUAUUUAAAUAAUAUUAUUUUGUGUAGUUAUAAUUUGUAAAUUGUAAUUAUUUUACUCAUCACUAAUCGUCAACUAUCAAUGUUUCCCUACUAGCUGUGGUGACAGAAUUGUGUUGUUCAUUGUUGUAAUACUUCAGUUUUUAAGUCGUUCACAUGAAGCGUGUUCAAUAUUUACUUUGGUUCGCUCAUGAGCAUGUAUCUUUUCGGUUACACGAAAUUGAAUCUAUUGCUUCUGUACUGAAAAUACCAAUAAAAUGGCUUGAACCUCCAACUGAUAAACCAUGGUAUUUGGUUGAACUACCAUCAGAGGAGGAUGUACAAAAAUUGUCUGCUCGUUCAGUAACUAUGAGGCGUGCUAUACAGUUAUGGGCUGAUGAACCAACUGUGCCAAGACUUCAUGCAUCACUAAAAGAAAAAUGUUUAAAUGGUUUACUUGAACCAUAUAAAUUAAAAUCAUUCAAAGUAGAUGUAGAUUUAUUUUGUAAUUCACAAACGCAGGAAGAAAAACUUGAACGUAUAGAAUCUUUCAGUUAUAUGCCAUUUCAAGGACACGUAGAUCUUAAAAAUCCAGAUGUUACAUUUCAAUUUAUUGAGUAUUAUGGUUUAGAUCCAAAAAUUAUACCUGAAAAUCCUAUACGCACAUUUUUUGGACGAGUAGUAUCAGAAAGUGGACGCCCAUUAAUACACGAGUUGUCAUUAAAAAAGCGCAAAUUUAUUGGCAAUACUAGUAUGGAUCCACAACUUUCUUUAUUGAUGGCAAAUUUGGGAAAAGUUUCUAACGGUGAUUUAGUAUUGGACCCAUUUGUUGGAAGUGGUUCAUUGUUGGUUGCUGCUGCAAAAUUUGGCGGCCAUGUAAUUGGAACAGAUAUUGACUUUUUAAUGCUUCAUGGGCGUACAAGGCCUACAAGAAAGCAGACAAGACAUAUAGCUAGAAAAGAUGAAAGUAUUGAAGCAAAUAUGAUACAAUAUUCUUGUCUUGAUAAAUAUAUUGAUGUAAUUGUUGCUGAUUCAGCUUUACCAUUUUGGCGCAGCGACGUAGAAUUUGAUUGUAUCUUAGCAGAUCCCCCAUAUGGUAUUAGAGAACCAACUGAACGAAUUGGUUCUAAAGAAUCUUUACCUAUUCUUAAGAAGGAAGGAUCUCCUGUACAUUUCCCAUCUAAAGUAGAAUAUGGAUUAAAUGAAAUUAUCAAAGAUCUUAUGUGGUUUUCUUCCAAACAUCUUAAGUUACAUGGAAGAUUGUUAUUUUGGGUACCAAUAUUUAGACAAGAUUACAAUGAUGAUCAGAUGGCUAGACAUAGUUGUUUUAAAUUAAUAGGAAACUGUGAGCAGGUGUUGACCACAUUCACAGCUAGACGGCUUUUGAUUUAUGAAAAAAUUAAAAUACCUCAAGAUACUGAUGAAUGUAGUUCUGCAAUACCAUCUGCAAGUACUUUUAGAGAAAAAUAUUUUACUCAUGGAGAUGAGUAUCGUCUUACACGAAAGCAAAAAAAAGCAGAGGCAGCAAAGAAUAAAGAAAUUUGGUUUGCAAAAUUAAAUAAUGUUAAUGUGAAAUAAGAUUAAAUUGUAAGUUCAAUGAUCACUAAAUAAAGAGUAACAUCAGGUCCAUAA